AACCUCCUCUGUCUGUUCUGCAGGGCUGCCUUGGCCCUGACCAAGCCGCUCAAGAUGAACAUGGUGAAAAGGAUCAUGGGGCGGCCGCGGCAGGAGGAGUGCAGCCCACAGGACAACGCACUGGGCUUGAUGCACCUCCGUCGCCUCUUCUCCGAACUCUGCCACCCACCUCGCCACAUGACCCAGAAAGAGCAGGAGGAGAAACUCUACAUGAUGCUGCCCGUCUUCAACAGGGUGUUUGGCAAUGCUCCACCCAGCAGCAUGAUGGAGAAGUUUUCAGACCUUCUGCAGUUCACCACCCAGGUGUCUCGACUCAUGGUGACGGAGAUCAGGAGGCGAGCCUCCAACAAAUCCACAGAGGCAGCCAGUCGAGCCAUAGUCCAGUUCCUGGAGGUCAACCAGAGCGAGGAAGCGAGUCGUGGCUGGAUGCUUCUCACCACCAUCAACCUGUUGGCCUCGUCCGGACAGAAAACGGUUGACUGCAUGACGACCAUGUCUGUACCCUCCACACUGGUUAAAUGUCUCUACCUGUUCUUUGACCUGCCCCACAUGGUCGAGGCCCCGGGGGGCCCGGCCCCACCGCCGCCGCCCCCCUCUCAGGAGAAGACGCCAGGCCAGGGCCACACUCAGGCAGAGCUUCCUCUGGCUGACCGCAGGGCAUUGCUGCAGAAAGUCUUUGUUCAGAUCCUGGUCAAACUGUGUACCUUUGUGUCGCCGGCGGAGGAGCUGUCUCAGAAAGACGACCUCCAGCUGCUGUUUAGUGCCAUCACCUCCUGGUGCCCCCCCCACAACCUGCCGUGGAGGAGGAGCGCCGGGGAGGUGCUCACCACCAUCUCCAGACACGGCCUCAGCGUCAACGUGGUCAAAUACAUUCAUGAGAAGGAGUGUUUGUCCACAUGUGUCCAGAACAUGCAGCAGUCAGACGACCUGUCUCCGCUGGAGAUCGUGGAGAUGUUCGCCGGCCUGUCUUGCUUCCUCAAAGACUCCAGCGACAUCUCACAAACCUUGCUGGAUGAUUUCCGGAUGUGUCAGGGCUACAUCUUCCUCAGUGACCUCAUGCUGCGACUGGAACAAGCCAAGGAGGACGAAUCUAAGGACGCCCUGAAGGAUCUGGUGAAUCUGGUCACUUGUUCGGUUACUUACGGUGUGACGGAGCUGAAACCUGCUGGCCUGACGACCGGCGCCCCCUUCCUGCUGCCUGGAUUUGUCCUCCCUCAGCCUUCUGGGAAAGGCCACACUGUACGGAACAUCCAGGCCUUCUCCGUUCUCCAGAAUGCCUUCCUGAGAGCCAAAACCAGCCGCCUGGCCUGCAUGCUGCUCGACGCCAUUGGAAACAUCUACGCCGCUGAGCCGGCCAACUAUUUCAUCCUGGAGUCGCAGCACACACUGUCGCAGUUUGCAGAACGUGUGGCCAAGCUUCCGGAGGCCCAGACCAAGUACUUCGAGCUGCUGGAAUUUGUGGUCUUCAGCCUGAACUAUGUUCCAUGCAAAGAACUGUUCAGCGUCAGCAUGCUGCUCAAGUCCAGCACGUCACACGCCUGCAGCAUCACAGCGGUACGGACGCUGCUCAAGCUGGCCAGGCACGACCCGGUCUUCAGCGACGUGCUGCGGGAGGUGGGUCUGCUCGAAGUGCUGGUCAAUUUGCUGCACAAAUAUGCUGCUUUGCUGAAAGACCCGGCCUCACAGCAACAGCCACAGAAUAACGACCAGGCUGACUGUAAAAACAACACGCUUGCAGAGGACCAGAAGCAGCUGGCCUGGCUGGUGAUGGAGACGUUGACCGUUCUCCUGCAGGGCGCCAACACCACCAACACAAACGCAGCCCUCUUCAGGGAGUUUGGCGGCGCUCGCUGCGUCCAUAACAUCGUGAAGUACCGUCAGUGUCGGGAACAUGCCCUCCUGAUUAUCCAGCAGCUCGUGCUGUCGCCCAGCGGAGAUGACGACAUGGGAACCCUGCUGGGGCUCAUGCACUCGGCACCGCCCAGCGAGCUGCAGCUGAAGACCGACAUCCUGCGGGCCCUGUUAGCGGUGCUGCGAGAGAGUCAUCGCACUCGGACGGUGUUCCGGAAGGUGGGCGGCUUUGUCUACGUCACCUCACUGCUGGUGGCCAUGGAGCGUUCACUGUGCCAGCCGCCGCAGCACGGCUGGGAGCGCGCCAAUCAGAACCAAGUCUUCGAGCUUCUGCACACCGUUUUCUGCACGUUGACCGCUGCCAUGCGCUAUGAACCUGCCAACUCCCACUUCUUUCGCACGGAGAUCCAGUAUGAGAAGUUAGCUGAUGCCGUCAGGCUGCUUGGCUGUUUCUCAGACACAAAGAAACUUGCUCCCACAGGAGUGUUUCCAUCCAACGCUCAGCUUUUCCAGAGGCUGCUGGAAGAUGAGGCUGCUGCUGCCAUUUGUGCCGGUGAUGGCGUUUGUCCCACCCUCAAACAUUGCAGCAAGCUCUUCAUCUACCUGUACAAGAUGGCCACCGACUCCUUUGAUAGUCGUGCGGAGCACAUGCCUCCCUGCCUGACUCAGGAGACUUCGCUGCCCUCGCCGUGGGGCACGCCAGCACUCGCCAGGAAGAGACGUGGAUACUAUGGAACGUCGGGUCCCACCGUCCCAGUUAAAGCCCUGGCAGACCUGAAGCUCCACUUGGCCAAUCCCUCCCACCCCGCGUCCUCCUCGGCUCUGGCUGACAUGGUGGUGAUCCACCCCGGGGCCAUCCUGGCCAUGGUGGACCUGCUGCCCUCCGUCUCCUCAGACAGCCAGCCAGAGCACGCGCUCGACCUGCAGCUGGCUGUGUCCAACGUGCUGCAGCUGCUGGUGAACAGCGAGAGGAACCAGCAGGUGCUGUGUGAGGCAUGCCUGCACCAGCGCCUGCUGCAGCGCUGCAGCCAGGCUCUGGGCGACGAGGACCACCCACUGCACCCGCCGCUGCAGAGGAUGUUCGAGAGGCUGGCCUCGCAGGCGCUGCAGCCGAUGGCACUCAGGGAGUUCUUACGUCUGGGAAACCCUUUGAACUGCGGAGCCUGGGAUAAGAAGCUUCUGAAGCAGUACCGCGUGCACAAACCCAGCUCACUCAGCUACGACGCAGAGAUGAGAAGCAGCAUGACCACAUCCAUGGAGGGCUUCGGCCCAGACAGCGUCUUCACCACGCCGGCCGAGGACAACGGUCAGUACCGCAUCAGCCGCAGCCUGGUGCGCUCUGCUGAGGACAGUACGGUACCCCUCACCCGAGUCAAGUGCCUGGUAUCUAUGACGACACCUCAUGACAUCCGCCUACAUGGAUCAGCUGUCACACCCGCGUUCGUGGAGUUUGACUCGUCGCUGGAGGGUUUUGGGUGUCUGUUUCUGCCCAGCCUGGCGCCUCACAAUGCUCCAACCAACAACACCAACGCCUCGGCCGUCAGUGAUGGCGCGGUGCUCAGCGGCAUGGGUACAGGGGAGCGUUUGUUCCCGCCUCCCUCCGGCCUAAGCUACUCCACCUGGUUCUGCCUGGAGCGUUUCAGUGUGGUGCCGCAGGCCCACCCGGUGCGACUGCUGACGUUGGUGCGUCGGGCGACGAGCUCGGAGCAGCACUACGUCUGCCUGGCCGUGGUCCUGUCGGCCAAAGACUGCUCGCUGACUGUGUCCACCAAGGAGGAGCUGCUGCAGACCUACUCAGCGGACGAGUCGAGCGAAGAGUCUUCCUUCUACGAGAUCCUUCCGUGCUGUGCUCGAUUUCGCUGUGGCGAGCUGAUCACUGAGGGUCAAUGGCACCACCUGGUGCUUGUGAUGAGCAAAGGCAUGCUGAAAAACAGCAUGGCCACGCUUUACCUCGACGGGCAGCUCAUCAGCACCAUCAAGCUGCACUACAUCCACAGCUCUCCAGGUGGCUCUGGAUCCACCAACCCUCCUGUGGUGAGCACGGUUUAUGGCUACAUCGGUACUCCGCCGGCACAGCGCCAGCUCUCCAGCCUGGUGUGGCGCCUGGGACCCACCCACUUCCUGGAGGAAGUCCUGCCUGCUACUAGCGUAGCUGCUAUCUAUGAACUGGGCCCAAACUAUGUGGGCAGCUUCCAGUCCGUCUACCUGCCUUGUAAAGACACUAAGACGGAGGUGGCCCCUCCCUCUCCAGUUGCCUUGGUAUCAGAAGAGAAGGUGUCGUUCAGUCUCUACGCUGUUUCUGUCUCUACGCUGACUGUGGCCAAGAUCAGGAAAGGCUACAACAAACUGGACAGCAAGGCCAUUGCCAAGCAGCUCGCUGUCUCCUCUCAUGAGAACGCCACUCCAGUCAAACUGAUCCAUAAUGCCGCGGGUCAUCUCAACGGGCCGGCUCGCACCAUUGGAGCUGCUGUUAUUGGAUACUUAGGUGUGCGCGCCUUUGUGAGCAAACCCGUGGCCACCAACCUGCAGUAUGUGGGUGGAGCAGCAGCCAUCUUGGGUUUGGUUGCUAUGGCAUCAGAUGUAGAAGGUCUGUACGCAGCUGUCAAAGCUCUGGUGUGUGUUGUCAAGAGCAACAACUUAGCCAGUAAGGAGAUGGAGCGCAUCAAAGGUUACCAGCUCUUGGCCAUGCUGCUGAAGAAGAAACGCUGUUUACUGAACAGUCACAUCCUUCACCUGACCUUCUCCCUUGUGGGAACAGUUGACAGCGGCCAUGAAACCUCCAUCAUCCCCAACUCCAUGGCCUUCCAGGACCUGCUCUGUGACUUUGAGGUUUGGCUCCACGCUCCCUAUGAGCUUCAUCUGUCUCUGUUUGAGCACUUCAUCGAGUUGCUUACUGAGUCAAGUGAGGCGGCUAAAAAUGCCAAACUUCUGAGAGAGUUUCAGCUGGUUCCCAGACUACUGCUGACUCUGAGAGACACCUCGCUCUCUCAGCCAACCAUCGCCGCUAUCAGCAACGUGCUGAGUCUCCUGCUGCAGGGUUUCCCCAACACUCACGACCUGCUGCGGUUUGGACAGUUUAUCUCCUCGACUCUGCCCACGUUUGCUGUGUGUGAAAAGUUUGUCGUCAUGGAAAUCAGCAAUGAGGAGAAAAUCGAUGGAGGCACCGAUGACGAUUUCGGCGGACUCCUGUCAGCAAACCUGAUUCUGCUGAGGAACCGGUUGCUAAACAACUUGCUCAGACUGCUGUUUACCACCAAAGAGAAGUCCACCGUGAACACCCAGGCGUGUGAGGAGCUGGUGCGGACGCUGGGCUUCGAUUGGCUGUUGAUGUUCAUGGAGGAACAUCUCCACUCCAGCACGGUGACGGCGGCGCUGUGGAUCUUGGUGGUGCUGCUGUCCAACCAGCCCAUCCUGCAUCGCUUCAAAGAUGGCCUGUGUGGAGGGGGCUGGCUGGACCACACCGACUCCGUGCUCACCAACAAGAUCGGCACAGUGCUAGGCUUCAACGUGGGCCGCAGUGCCGCUGGUCGCUCCACUGUACGAGAGAUCAAUCGGGACGCCUGCCACUUCCCAGGAUUCCCUGUGCUGCAAACUCUGCUGCCCAAACACACCAAUGUGCCGGAGCUGUACUUCCUGUUGAUGGCGCUGUUCCUGCAGCAGCCCGUCACCGAGCUGCCAGACAGUCUGCAGGUACAUUUCGACCUGGACUCUAUUUGGACUUUCAUCUUUGGGAUACCAGCCUGCAGUGGGUCUGUCGUGGCGUCUGUCCACAGCGUGUGCACCGAGGCCGCCUUCCUCCUGCUCGCCAUGCUGCGCAGCAUGCUUAACCUGCCGUGGCAGUCGGAGGAGGAAGGAUCAUGGCUCAGGGAGUACCCGGUUACCCUCAUGCAGUUUUUUAGGUAUCUUUACCACAAUGUGCCCGACCUUGCGCCGAUGUGGCACAGUCCGGAGUUUCUGUGUGCGCUGGCAGCCACAGUCUUCCCCUUCAACAUCAGACCGUACUCUGAGAUGGUUAGUGACUUGGACGAUGAGGCAGGUUCUCCCACCGAGGAGUUCAAAGCCUUCACUGGUGACUCGUGUAUGAACCGCAGCCAGUCUGAGUAUUGUAACGUGGGCACCAAGACUUCCCUGACCAACCACCCUGCCAAAAAGUAUGUCUUUGAUUUCAUGAGGGUUCUAAUCAUGGACAACUUGUGUAUGACUCCGGCCAGCAAGCAGACACCCAUCGUUGACCUGCUGCUGGAGGCCUCGCCGGAGCGUUCCACCAGGACACAGCAGAAAGAAUUUCAGUCAAGCAUUCUGGAUGGUGUCAUGGAGCAUUUGCUGGCUGCUGAUGUCCUUCUCGGUGAAGAUGCCUCACUGCCUAUUAGCAGCGGCGGCAGCUACCACAUCCUGGUCAACAAUGUCUUCUACUUCACCCAGCGAGUGGUGGACAAGCUGUGGCAGGGCAUGUUCAACAAGGACUCCAAGCUGGUAGUGGACUUCAUCGUGCAGCUCAUAGGACAGUCCAAGAGGCGUUCCCAGGGUCUUUCCCUUGACACCAUCUAUCACUGUCUGAAUCGGACUGUGCUCUACCAGCUCUGUCGGCCCCACAAGACGGUUGCUCAGCAGGUGGCACUGCUAGAUGCGCUGCGCGUCCUCACUGUCAAUCGGAACCUCGUACUCGGGCCGGGAAACCACGACCAGGACUUUGUGGCUUGUCUGGCUCACUGUUUCAUCUGCCUGCACAGUGGAAGCAGUGUGGAGGGCUUUGGUCUUGAAGCAGAGGCCAGGAUGACGACCUGGCACAUCAUGAUGCCCACCGAGAAUGAAGCAGACUCCACACACAGCCAUGACAUCAGUGAAGGACGGCAGCUGUUGCUGAAGGCGGUGAACCGGGUUUGGAUGGAGCUGAUGCACAGCAAGCGGCAGAUGCUGGAGGACAUCUUCAAAGUGUCUCUGCCAUGCAAUGACAGAGGCCAUGUGGACAUCGUAACAGCGCGGCCCGCCUUGGAAGAACCCGCCCUGAAAAGCUGGCAGAACCAUCUGGUUCACGAGAAAAAGUGUAUCAGUCGUGGUGAGGCGGUGGCCCCAGCCACCCAGUCCAAACUGUCCAGGGUCAGCAGUGGCUUUGGCCUGUCGAAGCUGACGGGGGUUCGUCGCAAUAAGAAAGAGAACAGUCUGAACAAGAACAGCCUGUCAGCACAGGAGACUUUUCAGUGGAUGUUCACACACAUCGCUGUUGUACGAGACCUGGUGGCUUUGCAGUACAAAGAAUAUCAAGAGCGGCAGCAGAAUGCUCUGAAGUAUGUGACGGAGGAGUGGGCAUCCAUCGAGUAUGAGCUACUGCGUGAACGCGGUCUGUGGGGCCCGCCCAUCGGAUCCCACCUGGACAAGUUUGUGCUGGAGAUGACAGAGGGACCAUGCCGCAUGAGGAAAAAGAUGGUCCGCAACGAUAUGUUCUACAUCCAUUACCCAUACAUCCCUGAGACAGAGGCCAACACCAACUCUGCACAGUGUUGUCUCCAGAAGCCUCUGCGUUACCGCCGAGCGAUCAGCUAUGACAGUAAGGAGUACUACAUGCGUCUGCUGUCCGGAAACCCCGGCAUGUAUCAGCACUCUGUGGAGCACAGCAUGGAGGGCGAGACCGCACAGCAAGAGCCGGAACACGGGGAGGACACUAUCGCCAGAGUCAAAGGCCUAGUGAAGGCUCCUCUGAAGAGGUCUCGGUCCACAGCGGAUGGUGCAGAUGAGGACAGUCAGGAUCAGCUCCAGGACCAGCUGCUGGAGGCAGGAGGUCCAGAGGAGGAGCAGAGGACCGACAACACGUCCCUGCUGCGCCUCCUAGAGGAGGGAGAAAAGAUUCAGCACAUGUACCGCUGUGCACGGGUUCAGGGCCUAGACACCAGCGAGGGCCUGCUGCUGUUUGGGAAGGAGCACUUCUAUGUCAUUGACGGCUACACCAUGACUGUGUCCAGGGAGAUCAGGGACAUUGACACGCUACCAACCAAUUUGCACGAGGCCAUCAUCCCCCGGGGAGCCCGACAGGGCCAGAGCCAGCUGAAGAGAACCUGCAGCAUCUUCGCUUAUGAAGACAUCAAAGAGGUGCACAAGAGGCGCUACUUGCUGCAGCCGAUGGCGGUGGAGGUUUUCUCGGCAGAUGGGAGGAACUACCUGUUAGCCUUCCAGAAGGGGGUCCGCAACAAAGUUUACCAAAGGUUUUUAGCAGUGGUGCCUUCACUGGCCGACAGCUCCGAAUCCGUUUCUGGACAGAGACCCAACACCAGUGUGGAACAAGGGUCUGGACUCCUCAGCACACUGGUUGGUGAGAAGUCCGUCACUCAGAGGUGGGAGCGAGGGGAGAUCAGUAAUUUCCAGUACCUGAUGCACCUGAACACGCUGGCAGGACGCUCCUACAACGACCUGAUGCAGUACCCCGUCUUCCCCUGGAUCCUCGCCGACUACGAUGCUGAGGAGCUGGAUCUGAACAAUCCAAAGACAUUUCGUAACUUAGCUAAGCCGAUGGGCGCUCAGACUGACGACAGGCUGGCACAGUACAAAAAGCGCUACAAAGACUGGGAGGAUCCCAACGGUGAAACUCCAGCGUAUCACUAUGGCACGCACUACUCCUCAGCCAUGAUUGUAGCCUCUUAUCUGGUCCGGAUGGAGCCUUUCACACAGAUUUUUCUCCGGCUGCAGGGAGGGCAUUUUGACCUCGCAGACCGGAUGUUCCACAGCGUCCGUGAAGCCUGGCUCUCCGCCUCUAAACACAACAUGGCUGAUGUGAAGGAGCUGAUCCCAGAGUUCUUCUACUUGUCGGAAUUCUUGCUCAAUUCCAAUAACUUCGACCUGGGAGCCAAACAGAACGGCACCAAGCUGGGUGACGUCAUCCUGCCGCCGUGGGCCAAGGGCGACCCGCGGGAGUUCAUCAGAGUCCACAGAGAGGCACUGGAAUGCGACUACGUGUCAGCUCACCUCCACGAGUGGAUCGACCUGAUCUUCGGCUAUAAGCAGCAGGGUCCACCAGCCGUGGAGGCCGUCAACGUCUUCCACCACCUCUUCUACGAGGGACAGGUGGACAUCUACAACAUCAACGACCCCCUGAAGGAGACAGCCACCAUCGGCUUCAUCAACAACUUCGGACAGAUCCCCAAACAGCUGUUUAAGAAGCCCCACCCGCCAAAACGAGCUCGCAGUAAAACCAACGGCGAUGCGGCAGGCGUCCCUCAGAGCUCCAACACUGACAAAAUCUUCUUCCAUCACCUAGACAACCUCAGACCUUCUCUCGCACCGGUUAAAGAGCUGAAGGAGCCCGUGGGCCAGAUUGUCUGCACCGACAAGGGCAUCCUGGCUGUGGAGCUAAACAAAGUUCUGGUUCCCCCAGCAUGGAGUAAAACCUUCGCCUGGGGCUACGCCGACCUCAGCUGCCGCUUGGCUAACUAUGAGUCUGAUAAGGUGGCAGUCGUCUACGAGUGUCUGUCGGAGUGGGGCCAGAAUCUCUGCGCGAUCUGCCCCAACCCAAAGCUGGUUAUCACCGGUGGAACCAGUACCGCCAUCUGUGUGUGGGAGACCGGCACCUCCAAGGAGCGGAACAAGUCUCUGGCCCUCAAACAGGCAUUACUGGGUCACACGGAUGCAGUCACAUGUCUGACCGCGUCGACGGCAUAUCACAUCAUUGUCAGCGGCUCACGGGAUCGAACCUGCAUCAUAUGGGACCUGAACAACCUGUCCUUUGUCACACAGCUCAGGGGGCAUCGAGCACCCGUCUCUGCGCUGUGCAUCAAUGAACUGACGGGCGACAUCAUUUCCUGUGCUGGCACUUACAUCCACAUGUGGAGCAUCAACGGCAGCCCCAUCUCCAGCGCCAACACCUUCACGGGCCGCAGCCAGCAGAUCCUGUGCUGCUGCGUGUCCGAGAUGAACGAGUGGGACACGCAGAACGUCAUUGUCACCGGACACUCCGACGGCGUCGUCAGGUUCUGGAGAAUGGAGUUCCUCCAAGUCCCAGAAACCCCUGUGCCAGAGCCAAUAGAGCCCGAUGUUCCCGACUGUUGUGGAGAGGAAAAGAUCGAGGGCAGCGAGAGUCAUAAUGGUGAUGAAGACAGCAGUGAGUCAGACGCCGAUGAGCCCAGUCUGAGCCAGGAGCCCAAAGUGCCACGCAAUCCGUCAACAGGAGGAGGCAGCCAGCCAGGCAGUGCCGUCCACCGGCCCAGAGGACCUUCAGGCAGAACCGGAGCUUCCUGCUCAAUGGACAGCGGUUCUGAUGACUCGCACCGCUGGUCAGACACCCUCAGCAUUGACGAGAAGGACGGCUUUGUGUUUGUCAAUUACUCUGAGAGCCAAACCAGGGGCCACCAACCUCACCCAGGCCAGGGCUCCAUGCCCCAGCCGCUGCAUCCGGCCGUGGCGGAGGCACGGACCUACAAUCAGCUCAGGGCAGGCUACAGAUGGGAAAGCCAGCUGGUGUUCCGGAGCAAACUCACCAUGCACACAGCGUUUGACCGUAAGGACAACGCUCACCCUGCCGAGAUCACCUCUCUUGCCAUCUCCAAGGAUCACAGUAAGAUCCUGGUGGGUGAUGGGCGCGGCCGCAUCUUCAGCUGGUCAGUCAGCGACCAGCCGGGUCGCUCGGCGGCCGACCACUGGGUGAAGGACGAGGUGGUGGACAGCUGCUCCGGCUGCACCGUGCGCUUCUCCCUCACUGAGCGGCGCCACCACUGCAGAAACUGCGGCCAGCUCUUCUGCCAGAAGUGCAGCCGCUUCCAGUCGGAGAUCAAACGGCUGAAGAUCUCGUCGCCGGUGAGAGUUUGUCAGAACUGUUACUACAACCUGCAACAUGAGCGAAGCGUUGAGGACAGCACCAGAAACUGAUCUCUGAAAGAUAACACACUCUGACCCCAAAUCUGCCUCGAAACACCACCAACACCCCCAAACACUCAAACGCCUCCCUCAGAAAACACGCCGGCUUUUUCCCAUCCCAAAGGUCCAGUAACCACAUGUGACUGUCAUAGGAGGAAAAAAAUAAACCAUGUGACCUGCACUCGGAGGCGGACAGCGGCAUGAACCCGCCUUUCCAGCCAAACUAACUUGUUAAUACUGUAAAUACUGAGCCUGACCUUUUGAACUCAAAAAAGAGGAACAAAAAAAUGAGGUCAAGGAGAAAGAUGUUGCUUGUAACACGGCAUUGUGAUUAACUACUCGGAACACGGAGGGAUGUGAAUGUCAAGAAGUCAGUUCAUUGAUUCACAAACAUGUCUAGUUAUGCAAAUGUAGCUUUUUUUAAAAAACAAAACAAAA